AUGCGAUUCUUCCACCGAUCUCGGUUUCAGCGUCCAAUCCUAUCCUUGCUCUCGUCAUCACCACCACCAUCUUUGUAUUCGUCAGGGCAUCUGUUAUCCAUCAUGAGAUCAGUCAGCCUUCUCCGUGCCUCGUCCAAGGCCGUCAACGCCACCGGCUUUGCACGAUGCCUAUCCACCUCCACCACCGCUAGGCUUGCACAGCCUGCUGCCGCUGGUUCCGCCGGUGCAGCCCAGGCGCAGCUCAGCCAGCUCGCUCUCUCGCGAGCCAAGGAUGUCGAGUCCAAAUGGCAGGGAACCUCCAUGCUCGGCGGCACCACCAAGAACUACAUUGACGGCAAGUUUGUCGAAGCUUCCACAUCCUCGUGGCUCGACGUCAACGAUCCUUCCACCCAGGCUCUUCUUUCCAAGGUACCGCUCACCACAAAGUCCGAGUUCGAUGCCGCCGUCGCCAACGCCGAGGCUGCCUUCCCCGACUGGAGGGACACCAGCCUGCUGAGCCGACAGCAGGUCAUGUUCAAGCUGCAAGCCCUGCUUCGUGACCACAUGGACGACAUUGCCAACGCCAUCGUGCUCGAGCAGGGCAAGACGUUUGCUGAUGCCAAAGGUGACGUGCUUCGUGGACUUCAGGUCGUCGAGGUCGCCUGCGGUAUCACGAGCACCUUGAUGGAGGAGCGGAUCGAGGUUUCCAAGGAUAUGGACACCUACGCCCGUCGUGAACCUCUUGGUGUCACUGCAGCCAUUGCUCCGUUCAACUUCCCCGCUAUGAUCCCGCUCUGGUCCAUCCCCAUGGCCACCGUUACGGGCAACACGCUCGUGCUGAAGCCUUCCGAGCGCGUGCCUGGUGCAUCGAUGAUCAUCGCCGAGCUCUGCGAGCGAGCUGGUAUGCCCAAGGGUGUGCUCAACGUCGUCAACGGUGCCGUCGACAUUGUCAAUGGCAUCUGCGACGACCCUCGCAUCAAGGCCAUCUCCUUUGUCGGCUCUGACAAGGCCGGUGCGCACAUCUACAACCGCGGUACCGCCAACGGAAAGCGCGUCCAGGCCAACUUGGGUGCCAAGAACCACGCCAUUCUCAUGCCGGAUGCCAACAAGAACUUUGCGCUCAACUCGCUCGCCGGUGCUGCGUUUGGUGCUGCUGGUCAACGAUGCAUGGCUCUCUCGGUGGUAGUUGUUGUGGGAGAGGCUCAGUCGUGGGUGCCUGAGCUGGUGGAGCGUGCCAAACAGCUCAAGGUAUCUGGUGGGUUUGAGGAGGGUGCUGAUCUGGGUCCGCUCAUCUCUCCUCAGGCACGCGAACGUGUCCGCUCGCUCACCGGUAGCGUCGAGCAGGAAGGCGGCAAGAUCCUCCUCGACGGUCGCGACUUUUCCUGCCCCGAGUACCCGAACGGAAACUUUGUCGGUCCGUCCAUCGUCGAAGCCGGUCCAGGAAUGAAGGCUUACGACCAGGAGAUCUUUGGUCCCACGCUCGUCGUCGUCAAAGCAGAUACUCUCGAUCAAGCCGUCGACUACAUCAACAAGAACAAGUACGGAAACGGUGCCGCCAUCUUCACCACCAACGGUGCCACGGCGAGGAAGUUUGAAAAGACCGUCAAUGCAGGCCAGCUGGGUGUCAACGUGCCGGUGCCCGUGCCGCUGCCGAUGUUCGCGUGGAGCGGAAACAAGGGCAGCGUGAUGGGCGAUAUCGGGUUUUAUGGAAAGUCGGCGUUGAACUUUUACACGAGCUUCAAGACGAGCACCAGCUUGUGGAGGAGCGACGAUGCGCAGCUGAGCGAGAGGGCUAGUGUCAAUAUGCCUACCAUGUCGUAG